AUGAUUGUAAGUUCACCUUUUCCUUUUAGAUCUCAAAUAAUCCAAAAAAUUUGCAGUGUAUUGAAUGUGGCGGCGCUGUUUUCAGCGGCGGCGAAGUUUGCGACGAUUGUGUCGAUUCGCAUUUGCUCUCUGGAAAUGUGUCGCUGCAGAGUGCGGCGGCGAAUGCGAAAAUCUGCACGGUAUGCACUGGAAAUGUGCUGCCGAAUAAUUCGAGGACUUGUGCGAAUUGCGGGAAGUGAGUUCUUUACUGGAGUCAGGAUUUGAGCACGCUGAAACUUACGAAUCUUGCUGAAAAUGAUUGCGAAGCCGAAAAUUGCUAUAAAUCUCUUGGAGAGCUUGUAUGAAGCUUCAGAAUGGGCAAUCGAGCUUUAGAAACUGGAAAAUAUUGUGCAGCGUAUCUGAAAACCUUGUAGUCUUUGAAAAAUGUUGAAAACCGCUGAAAACCAUGAUUUUCAACCGUGAUUCAGUAUUUUUCAAAAACUACAAGGUUUUCAGAUACGCUGCACAAUAUUUUCCAGGUUCUAAAGCUCAAGUUUCCAUCCUGAAGCUUCAUACAAGGUCCCCCAGAGAUUUAUAGCAAUUUUCAGCUUCGCAAUCAUUUUCAGCGUGGUCGCAAUUGAUAUUUCUAUCAAGUUUUGUUCUAACAAGCGAGAUCUUUCGAAGAUUUAUGUUUUCUAGUAGAUUUCAACCCGCUGAUCACGAUCUUAUCGUCAAAAAUCACAAAACUAAACUUCUAAUAUGAGUUAUUAUUUGUAAAUGGUAAAGUUUGAAAAUGUUAGGCUUUACCUAACUUCAAAAAUGAUUUUUAAGUUAAUUAAAACCUUGUAGAAUUCAUAAGGUUCUAACUAACUUAAAAAAAUCAUUUUUAAAAUUAGGUAAAGCUUUCUAGAGCUCUGAAAUUUUCAAACUUUGCCACUUACAAAUGAUAACUCAUAUUAGAAGUUGAGUUUUGCGAUUUUUGACGAUUGGAUUGUGUUAAGCGGGGAGAAAACUUCUAAAAAACAUGUAUUCUAUCAAAAAAUCCACUUUGGGCAUCGACCAAAUCGACAUUUUCAUGUUUUUUAAGCAAAUGAGUUGAAAUAUUGGAUUUUAAUUGUAUUCAUAGAAUAGAAAGGUCUAAGACCAACAGAAUCAUAUAAAUUUUGAUGACUUUACGUUAUCCUUAAGUGAUUUAGCGGCUUAUCGACUAAAUAUCGACUAAACGUCACUAAAUCACUUAAGGAUAACGUAAAGUCAUCAAAAUUUAUAUGAUUCUGUUGGUCUUAGACCUUUCUAUCCUAUGAAUACGAUUAAAAUCCAAUAUUUUAACUCAUUUGCUUAAAAAACAUGAAAAUGUCAUUUAGGUCCUGGGAGCUUGACCAAAAAUUGACAAAUUUUUGGUCAAGCUCCCAGGACCUAAAUGACAAUAUUUUUUCUAGACACAGUCACAUCGCUUGCGAUUCUUCCGAACCUGGCCUCGAAGGUUUCGUAUGCAUCACAUGUCGUCGAAGCCCAAUCGUCCAAGACGUGAUGCUCGGCGGCAUGUCGAAUCACGAACCAAUUUCGCCCCUGGAAACCGCCGCUCCUCACUUCCCACCCACCGCCGCAGCCACCGAUUUCUCCGCCGAAAUCUAUCAUCAUCCAGCCAUUCAACAAAUCGUUCAUCAGAAUUCCGUGCAUGACGAGAUCAGUGACGGUGACAGCGCCAGGAAUUCACCAUUCUAUCCCGAUACAACUGAUUAUGACGAGGAUUUUGUGCCGAGUGGAAGUGGAAGGGGCCGAGGAAGGGGAAGUGGGAAUAAUGGGGCGAAGAAGAAGCCUGGAAGAGGAGGUGGCCUGCUCAAGAGACCGAUGCCUAGUGGCCCCACAUUUUUCGGCGGAGCCGGAGGAGCCCCAUCUUCCGCACCAAUUCAACCAACUCGCGGAAAACGCGGGAAGCGUGGAAGCUCUGGGAAGGGUCGAGGAAGAGGCCGGGGUAGAUCGGUGUCCACCUUCAAUGGCUCAAGCUCCCUCGCAAAUUCUACCGCCCAGAAUUUCGGUUAUCCUCCUGGAUUGUCCGCGAUUCGAGAGGUUGACGAUAGUUUUAUGGAGGUUGACGAGAGUUCGAGACAAUCGGCGGCUACUAGAGCUGAUGACGCGGAAUAUGUGCGAACUAUUGUUGUGUGUAAUUCGAAUGAUCCGUUCUUGAAGAAGGUAUGUGCCUUUUUUUCUGGAAAUCUGAAAAACCCUGCUGAAAAUCCUCAAAAAUGCUCUUUGGAGGUUGAAAAAACCACCCAAAAAUUUUACGUUUCAAAAUUUUUAUAUUAUAAUUUUUGAAAAAUUCACUUGUUUUUUCUACUGUAACGUUAUCAUCUGCAAAAAAUAUAUGAACAAAAAAGUCUGAAAUUAUUGCUGAAAAUCUGAUUUGAACUAGAGACAACGGAAAAUUGAGAGAUUCUAGAGAUAUCUGUGUCUGCAAUCUCUCAAUUUCCUAUUGUCUCUUAUACAUUUUAUUACAAAAUAGAUGAAAAAUGUCUGAAAUUCGGAAAAAUCCUGCUGAAAAUCCUCAACAAUGAUUUUUGGAGGUUGAAAAAACCACCCGAAAAUUAUACGUUUCAAAAUUUUUAUAUUAUAAUUUUUGAAAAAUUUACUUGUUUUUUCUAUUAUCAAAUUUUCUGCAAAAAAUAUAUGAAAAAAUGUCUGAAAUUCUUGCUGAAAAUCUGAUUUGAACUAGAGACAACGGAAAAUUGAGAGAUUCUAGAGAUAUCUGUGUCUGCAAUCUCUCAAUUUCCUAUUGUCUCUUAUACAUUUUAUUACAAAAUAGAUGAAAAAUGUCUGAAAUUCGGAAAAAUCCUGCUGAAAAUCCUCAACAAUGAUUUUUUGAGGUUGAAAAAUCAUCCCGAAAAUUAUAGGUUUGAAAAUUUUUAUAUUAUAAUUUUUGAAAAAUUCACUUGUUAAAUAGUAUGAAAAUCCGGCUAAAUUUUCUGAAAUGUUGCCACGUCAUAAGAAAAUAUUAAAAUCGGGCCGAAACGGGCCGAGCCGGGGUUCGGCCCUGGCUUUCCCCACAAAUUCAUUGAAAGCCGGGCUUUGAGCAGGGGCCUCGGGCUCGGCCCGGCCGGCCCUAGGAACAUGCCUGAAAUUUCCUAAUGAAUCUGUACGAUUUGGGAUAAAAUGCGACAAAAAUUAAACAAAAACGAUCAAAAUCUUUGAGCGUGAACUGUAAUUGUCCUUCGAGCAAACGUGGGAAGUUUCUGUUUUUUAAUCCUGAAAACCACAAUUUUUUAUUUUUCAUUAUGUUUUUAUCAAGUCAACCUUGAAGUAUCGAUGAAAAACGAUCGAACAACAGUCAAAUAUCUCCCAUUACAACAAAUCAUCACAAUUGUUGAAACCAUUGAAUGUGCGCUCAUAAAAAACAUCGUAUUAGUUGCGAUUUCUGAAAUUGUUUUGUUCAAGAAGAACAGCUGAUAUUUUUUCCAAACCUUGCCACGUGGAUAAUUGUUUGAGAACAACGAUCACAAUAAUAGUUAGUGGUAUGACAAUAAAGCUAACUGGAAUGACAACUUGAAGGGUUAAUGCGAUCAAUGCGGUUUUGUGAAGUUUGAAAGUUGCUGGAGACAUGUGUUGACGCAUUUUCUGCAGGAUUUGGAUGGUAUAAAUGACUAGGAAUGUGAAGUAUCUGAAGGAUUUGAGAAUCACAUUUUUUGGGAAAUAGAAUAAGAUACCCCGUAAAAAAUAGAAUACAUAAGAUUGUGGAGAGUUGUGCUAUCUGAAGCCACGUGUUAGUGUGAUAAUCAUAGAUCACGAAUCCAGGAUGGGAUAAAAUAUGGAGACAUUUGGGGAAAUAUAAAUUGAUUAUCCGAUGUUGAUCUUCUUCUGAUGUUUUGGCGAAAGCUAAAGAAGUUGCGACGACAAAAGGGAAAGUGUGACACAGAACACUAGCAACAUAUCGUGUAAUUCUUUUUUCCUUGAACGAAUUUGAUGAAUGGUUGAGAUGUGCAGCUGAAUCAGCUCUAUACUGAAAACAGGAAAGCAAUGCGGGAAGUUCGAAGCAAAAUGUGAAAAAAUAAAAGACGACACUUGUAUGAGUUGUUAUAAAUGUAUUUGCGAUGGGGGAGGUGUUAUAUCCACCGAGCAAUGGAAAAUAAUAAUAUCCAGCGCCAAUCCAUGACAUAUAAUUCUCAACGAUAAAUGUGACGAUUUGAAGAUACAGUUGACAAUAUUUAUAUUUCGAGUUUUUGGGAGAUUUAACGAUGACUAAAUAACAACCGAAGGAAUUGAUGGGAAAUGAUAUGAAAGCGAUUAGAUGAAGAAUGCGGGUGAAAUAAAUUGGAGGUUCGCUUCGACACUCAAGAUCCAUUUGUCCGUUGUUGUCAGAAAGAAAAUUUGGAGGAGUUCUUUCUAUGAGCGACAGGUGGAAAUAUGGAAUAUGAUUCUUUGAAUGGCAAAAAGUUUCUUCUGAUCAUUGAGAGGUUCUCAAGAAGAAAAUUUAUGAAACUAUACUAUGGUAUACAAGGGAAAAUUGAGAGAGCCAUGUUUUUCUGCAUUGCUAGGAUUUCAAGCUGAAAAUGAUUUUUGGAGGUUGAAAAAACCACCCGAAAAUUAUACGUUUCAAAAUUUUAAUAUUAUAAUUUUUGAAAAAUUUACUUGUUAAUUCUGUUGUUAAAUAUUUUCUGCAAAAAAUAUAUGAAAUUCUUACUGAAAAUCUGAUUUGAACUAGAGACAACGGAAAAUUGAGAGAGUCUAGAGAUAUAUGUGUCUGCACUCUCUCAAUUUCCAAUUGUCUCUUAUACAUUUUAUUAGAAAAUAAUGAAAAAUGUCUGAAAUUCGGUAAAAUCCUGCUGAAAAUCCUCAAAAAUGCUUUUUGGAGGUUGAAAAAACCACCCGAAAAUUAUAGGUUUCAAAAUUUUAAUAUUAUAAUUUUUGAAAAAUUCACUUGUUUUUUCUAUUAUCAAAUUUUCUGCAAAAAAUAUAUGAAAAAAUAUCUGAAAUUCUUGCUGAAAAUCUGAUUUGAACUAGAGACAACGGAAAAUUGAGAGAUUCUAGAGAUAUAUGUGUCUGCAAUCUCUCAAUUUCCUAUUGUCUCUUAUACAUUUUAUUAUAAAGUAGAUGAAAAAUGACUGAAAUUCAGAAAAAUCUUGCUGAAAAUCCUCAAAAAUGAUUUUUGGAGGUUGAAAAAUCAUCCCGAAAAUUAUAGGUUCCAAAAUUUUUAUAUUAUAAUUUUUGAAAAAUUUACUUGUUAGUUUUAUGGCGAAAAACAACCUCCGCAAAAAAGUCUGAAAUUUCUAGUCUGAAAAUCUGCCGAAUUCAGAAGCCGAAGUUAUGAAAACUCUAGGAUUUCAACCUGAAAAAAGCAUUUUGGGAGUUGAAAAUCCACCUGAAAAUUUUACGUUUCAAAAUUUUUAUAUUAUAAUUUAAAUUCACUUGUUAAAUAGUAUGAAGAUCCGGCUAAAUUUGCUAAAAUUUUGCCACGUCAUAACUCUGCAAUUUCAGCUAAUCUCAAUUUUGUUCCAGGCGUGUCUCUGUCUCGUCUGCGGUGCUGUUGGAAAAGGUCCCGAAGCCUCCAUGGUCUCAUGCUCAAAUUGUGCUCAAACCUAUCACACCUAUUGCGUCGGCCUUCACGACAAACUCAACUCCACUGUAGUUUUUCGCGGUUGGCGUUGUCUGGAUUGCACGGUGUGUGAAGGUUGUGGAAACGGUGGAGACGAGUCGAAAUUGUUGCUAUGCGAAGAAUGCGAUAUCUCAUAUCAUAUCUAUUGUCUUCGCCCGCCGCUUGAUCGAAUUCCAAGCGGACCCUGGAGAUGUCAAUGGUGUGCACGAUGUCGACGAUGCAAUACGAAGGUGAUGUCGGGAAACGAGCUGACUCGCGAUGGAAUGUGCCAUCCUUGUCAUUCGCUGCGGAAGUGUCCGAAAUGCGCCAAGGGAUAUGGAAUUGGUGAUAAAUUGAUUCGGUGUGCACAGUGUAAUAAGUGAGUUUUUUUGGAGCGAGCGGGGGAAUUUUGGGUUCAAAAACAAGCUUUUUCGGUCCAAAAUGACCUCAAUUUUCAGCCAGAAAGAUUUAUUUUUUAAUUCAAACGAUUUUUUGAACCUAAAGAUUUGAAUUUUUCCCAAAAAAAUAACCAGAAAAUUCAAAAUUUGAAAAUGUUUCAACUUUUUUUUAUUCGAAAAAAAAAUCCUUUUAAAAAUUAUCGGGCUUGGAAAAGUCCUGAUUUUUAGCCUCGAAAUUUUGGACCCAAACAUUAAGGUCAUUAAAAAAGUACCCUAAUUAAAUCUAGGUUAAUUUUUGGUCCUGAAAAUUUAGAAACUUAAUUAAUUUUCCUGAAAAUUUAGAAACUUAAUUUUCAGGACCCAAAAUUUAAUUUUGAAGUUUUAACCCUGAAAAUUGUAUUUUUUCUCUGGAAAAUCAAAUUUAUUUUCAAAAAAUUGAACAAAAAAGUACCCUAAUCAAAUUUAGGUUAAUUUUGGCCCGGAAAAUUUUGCAAAAUUAAUUUUCUCGAAAAAAAAUUAAUUUUAAAGUUUUAACCCUGAAAAUUGUAUUUUUCUCUGGAAAAUCAAAUUUAUUUUCAAAAAAUUGAACAAAAAAGUACCUUAAUUAAAUCUAGGUUAAUUUUUGGUUUUGAAAAUUUUGCAAAAUUAAUUUUCUUGAAAAAAAUUAAUUUGUGAAUUUUUGGUCCUGAAAAUUUAGAAACUUAAUUAAUUUUCCUGAAAAUUUAGAAACUUAAUUUUCAGGACCCAAAAUUCAAUUUUGAAGUUUUAACCCUGAAAAUUGUAUUUAUCUCUGGAAAAUCAAAUUUAUUUUCAAAAAAUUGAACAAAAAGUAUCUUAAUUAAAUCUAGGUUAAUUUUUGGUCCUGGAAAUUUCGCAAAAUUAAUUUUCUAUAAAAUUUCUGGAAAAAAUCAAAUUUUGAAGUGUUUAGCCCUGAAAAUUUGAUUUUUCUCUGGAAAAUCAAAUUUAUUUUUAAAAAAUUCAAUGAAAAUAAUAGACUAAUUAAAUCUAGGUUAAUUUUUGGUUUUGAAAAUUUUGCGCAAAUUAAUUUUCCAUAAAAUUUCUUCGAAAAAUUAUAUUUUUCAGCAUUUUCAGUCUAAAUACCUUAAUUUCUGGUCUGGAAAUCUGAAAUUUAAUCAAAAAAUUAUCUUCAAAUUUACUCUGGCUGAAAAUAUGGAUUUUUUGAAUCUGAAUCCUGAAAUUCUUGGAAAAUUCCGAUUUUUCAAUCUUUGGGACAAAAAAAUUCAUUCUACAAUCUUUCAUUCAAAUUCCGAAAAAAAACAAAUUAGAAACCAAAAAGUUUUCGAUUGAAAAUUCCGAAUUUCAAAUUUUUAGGUUCAAAAAUCCCUCGAAAUUCUUGCUAAAAUUUUCCAAAUUUUAAAAUUCCAAAAAAAUUCUCCACGUGAAAAAAAUCAUUUUUCACGUGAAGCCAAUUAUUUUUCAUCAUUUUUUGAAAAAAAAAAUAAUUUUUGUUCAGAUGGCAACACGGUCAUUGCGAAAACCUAUUCAACGAUGAAAUGCUCGAACAAGCGGCCGCAAAUCGAAUGCGCUGCUCAAAUUGUCGCCCAAAUAAAUCAAUAAUCAACAAUGGCUUAGGUGAUGGUUCAAACGUUGUGAUUUGUGACAAUGUCGCUCUCUUCAAACACGCCGACGAAAUUCUCAAAUCCAAAUUCAUGCCAAGCCUCGUUCGCCCGACUUAUGAUAACUAUCGAGAAUCAUUCGAUCAUUAUGGCUCGAUUGAAGAUGAUUAUCCAGAUGAAAUUGAGAAUUUUGUAGUUCAAAGAGGUCGUGGAAGAGGGAAUCCGGGUGGAAGAAGAGGUAUGAAUCGCAUUGGAAUCGGCGGGUUUUUCGCGAAAUUGCCAAGACAUCGAGUACUAGCAUUAACUGAAGAAGCAGCGGCAUUGAAUAAUUUGGAUGAAGAGGAUACGAAGAAGCUCAAGAGGCCCCGGAAGCCUAGAAGAUCACAUUUGGAGGAUGCAUAUCCGCCUGCUAUUCAAGAAGCGUUUUUUGGAAUUAAAGCGGUUGAGGGGAAGAGUUUGGUGGAUUUGAGUGUUGAUGAGCCGAUGUUGAGCGAAUAUGGGAAUGGGAAAUUGGGACAAACUGAUGGAUUGGGACAUGAAUUGUCGACGGAAGCAACGGAAAUGUUGAUUAAUGAUAUUAAUGAGGUGCGGAGGGGGGAAAAUUUGGGAAUUUAUGCAUUUUUGAGCUGGAAAACUGCAUUUUCUGAUGAUUUUGAGCCAAAAUUCAUGAUUUUCUGAUGAUUUUGAGCCGAAACUCAAUAAGUUUGGAUUUUUGAGCUGAAAUUCAGGAUUUUCUGAAUAUGUAGAGCCAGAAUUCGAAAAAUUUGGAGUUUUUUGAGCUGAAAUUCGAGUAUUUACUGAAAAUUUUGAAUUUUUCUAGCCAAAAUUUGAAUGUUUUCAUGAAUUUUAAGCUGAAAUUCAGGAUUUUCUGAUAAUUUUCAGCCAGGAUUCGAAAAAUUCGGAUUUUUCUGAGCUGAAAUUCAAGUUUUCCUGGAAAUUUUCAGCCAGAAUUCGGAAAAUUUGAAUUUUUUGAGCUAAAAUUCAAGUUUUCCCGGAAAUAUUGAUUUUUUAGCUCAAAUUCCAAGAAUUUCAUGAAUUUUAAGCUGGAAUACAUGAUUUUCUGGAAAUUUUGAGCCAGAAUUCGAAAAAUUUUGAAUUUUCAGCCGAAAUUUAAAUGUUUUUCAUGAAAUUCAUGAUUUUCUGAUAAUUUUGAGCCGAAUUUUGAAAAAUUUGGUUUUCUGAGCCGAAAUUCGAGUAUUUAUUGAACAUUUCAAAUUUUGCAGUGAAAAAUUAAAUUCAGAAUUUUUCUAGCCAAAAUUUGAAUAAUUUCAUGAUUUUCUGAUAAUUUUGAACCGAAAUUCAAGUAUUUAUUGAAAAUUUCGAAUUUUUCAUUAAAAAAUCAAAUUCACGAUUUUUCUAGUCAAAAUUUCUCCUGAAAAAUUGUGUUUCUAAUAUUAAUUGGGAAAUUUGAGCCCAAAAUUGUGCAAAAAUCGAAAUGUUUUUCGAAAAUUUGAGAUUGUCGGCUUUUAUUGGAUUAUCAGAAAAAUUGCGAUUUUCGGAUUUUCUAUAAUUUUUGAAACGUAAAAAUUUGUGGAAAAAAUUCCUUUUUUUUCUCAAAAACAAAACUCAAAUUUCGCGCCGAAAUUUACUUCAAAGGUACAUACAGUACUCCUAAAAUACGCCUUUAAUAUUCAGGCUUCAAUUAGGCCUUAAAUGAGCCUAAACACAUGAAAUUGGGCCCUGAGAAUUCCGGCUUUUUCAAAUUUUCUAUCCAGAAAAUUAUUUUUUUGUAGAACGAAUUUCUGGAAAAUAUGGAUCUUCAUGAUAUGGAUGGAGAUAUUGAUAAAGUCGAUUUAUCGCUAUUCUUCGAUUAUGAUGAUGAUGAAGAUUUUGAGGAUAGUUUAGGAGGACUGGAAAAUGAUCAGAAGGAUGAUUUGAAUGAUAUCAAACCGUUUGAACCGACUUGUGAGUUUUUUUCGCUGGAAAUCGAUUUUUAUCUGCUGAACUCAGCGCUGAAUUUGAGCUAUGACGUGGAAAGUUAUUGAUUAUUGAUUGAAAACUAGAAAAAUAAGGCUAACAUGAGCAAUCUACUACUGUUUGAGAAAGAAAGGUUUAUGAUGUUUAAAGGUACAUACCUAUCUACAGUAUACCAUGUGCCUUUAAACAUUGCUUAUGUUAAAAUCUAGGUAAUUUUAAAUCGAUAGCCAAAUUAUGCAAAAAAUAUUGAUUAACAUGAGCAAUCUACUGAUCAAGAGAUUUUCUGAUGAUUUUGAGCUGAAAUUCGAAAAAUUUGGCUUUUUCUGAGCCGGAAUUCAAGUUUUUUGUGGAAAUUUUGAAUGUUUUCAUGAAUUUCGGGCUGAAAUUCAGGAUUUUCGGAAAUUUCCAAGCCAAAAUUCGAAAAUUUUGGAUUUUUCUGAGCCGGAAUUCAAGUUUUUUUUUUGGAAAUUUUGAAUGUUUUUAUGAAUUUCAAGCUGAAAUUCAGGAUUUUCUGAAACUUGAGAGCCAGAAUUCGAAAAAUGUGGCUUUUUUUAGUCGAAAUUCGAAUUUAUCUGGAAAUUCCUCAAAAAAAAAUGAAAUUUUAGAAUUUGAGCACAAAAAUCUGAAAAUUUUCAGAUUUUCCAAAAAUAUGAACUCAGAUUUUUUGCACAGGAAAACGGCGAAGAAUCAAAUUUAAAUUUCUGCUCAAAAUUUUCAGGAAUUUUUGAAACGUAUUUUUGUUUGGAAAUUUUUUUGGCAGAAAAUCCUGAAAAUAUUUUGAUUUUUCUCUUGAAAUUUGAGAUUUUGAGCUAAAAAAUCUGAAAUUUUCCAGCUUUUCCCAUGGAUCAACCAUCAUCUUCUUCAAAUAACAAUCCAAUAAAUCCAGCAAAUUCAAUGUAUCCAAAUGAAGCCAAUAACUAUGCAUCAAAUAUGCAACAAGUUCAACGAGCUCAACAAGUUGCGCGAACUCAAAGCUCCUCAAAUAGCAAUAAUGCUCCAGAUGCUCCAGAAAGAUAUCAAUUCUCUGAAAGAUGGGAAGAAGAUGAACCAUUGGGAUUGCAGGCAACAACAGCUGCUGUAUUAUAUUCCAAUGAGAAACAUCAAUAUUUGAAGGAGAAUUAUCCGGAAUGGACGGAUCGUGUGAAGCAGAUUCAGAGAUUGUGGAGAACGCUGAGUGCUGAUGAACGACAGGAAUAUGUGAAUCGAGCGAGAGAGAAUCGAACGACGAGGGGAAGGAAUCCGAGACCUAGGAAGGUUGGUGGGAGAUUUUGGGAAGGGAUUUGGAAAAAUUUCAUGGAUUUUUAGCUGAAAUUCAGGAUUUUCUGAUGAUUUUGAGCUCAAAUUCGAAAAGUUUCAUGAAUUUUGAGCUCAAAUUCGAAAGUUUUCAUAAAUUUUGAGCUGAAAUUCAUGAUUUUCUGAUGAUUUUGAGCUCAAAUUCGAAAAUUUUCAUGAAUUUUUGAGCUAAAAUUCAGGAUUUUCUGAUGAUUUUGAGCUCAAAUUCGAAAAUUUUCAUGGAUUUUUAGCUGAAAUUCAGGAUUUUCUGAUGAUUUUGAGCCGAAAUUCGAGACUUCACUGAAAAUUUCAACAUUUUUCAGUCAAAAAUUGAAUUUAUGGGUUUUCUAGCCGAAAUUUGAAAAUUUUUGCUUUUUCUGAGCCGAAAUUCGAAUAUUUUCAUGAAUUUUAAGCUGAAAUUCAUGAUUUUCUGAUGAUUUUGAGCUGAAAUUCAUGAUUUUCUGAAAUUUCCAAGCCGAAAUUCGAGUUUUCCUGGAAAUUUCACAGUUUUCAAUGAAAAAUUAGAAUUGGAGCACAAAAAUCUGAAAAUCUUGAAUUUCAUUUUGAAAAUUCUGGAUUUAAUUAUUUUAAAUUGAAAUAUUUUUGAAAUCAGUUUUUUGUAGAAAAUAUUGAUGAAGCAUCAAUUCAAAAUUAUCUGUUCAAAGUUUUCAUGAAUUUUUGAAACGUAUUUUUGUUUGGAGUUUUUUCUGUUAGAAAAACCUGAAAAAAAUAAUUUUUCAGAUGGUGAUUCUGAAUUUCAGCACACAACUCCGAGAAAAAGCUGAAAAUUUAGAUUUUUGAUCAAUUUCUGAUAGCUAACUCUAAUUUUUAGACAUAAAAAGUAUGUGCGAUCAAAUCGAAAUUUUGUGUUGAAACAUUUGUGAAAUUUUUGAAACGUAAUUUUUUUUGGAAAUUUUUUUCUGUUAAAAAAACCUGAAAAUAUUGAUUUUUCUGCCGAAAACUGAGGUUUUAAGCACAAAACUCUGAGAAAAAGCUGAAAUUUCAGAUUUUGAGCACAAAAAUGUUUAGAAAGAGCUGAAAAUUCAGAAUUUCAGUACAAAAAUCGAAGAAAAAGCUGAAAAUUUAAAUUUUGAGCACAAAAAUCGAAGAAAAAGCUGAAAAUUCAGAUUUUAAGCACGAAAACCUUUAAAAAACCCUAUUUUUGCAGCAAGCCACCACCUCCAAUUCAAUGGAUUCUCCAAAUGCCCAAUCCCCCGCACCCCAUCAAUUGGGUGGAUUCAAAGUUCCCCAAGUCCCACCACCAGGCACCACUUUCCCCCCUUCAAAUGAUGACGGACCAUCAUCGCAACACCCGCAAAUGAUGAUUGCACAAUCCCCACAACCUCUACAAUAUGCACAAUUUCCAAUGGGAGCUCCGCAGGCUCCGCAAAUCCCGCAGCCGCAGAAGCAAUAUAGGAUAACUUGUCAUUUGUCGCCGGAAAUUCAUCAGCAGUAUCGGCAAAUGACGGAAAAGCAAAAGGAUUUGGAGAAAGUUGUGUCAGCGAUGGAAGGCGAUUUGAGCAAGCAGCGGAAGCAGAAGAAAAAUCUGGCGGCGAAGAAACGCGCGCUGAUCAAAACUGCACAAGCGGCUCCGGAUUACGAUGGUAGAGUUGUGGAUUUGAAUGAGGCGGAUCGUGGGCUUUUGCAACAUUUGACAGAUUCGAUCAAGGUUCUGCAAGGGGAAUUGGAUAUUUCGAGACGGGAUAUGAAGGGGAAUGAGGCGUUGCUCAGAGAGUUUGAGGUGAAGCAGGCGAUUUUGCGGAAUGAGAGCGAGGUUACACCGCAGAUGAUUGAGCAGACGCAGAUUAUUAAUCAACAGGCGGCGGCGCAAGAUGCCAGGAUGUUGCAUAUGCGGCAGCAGCAGCAGCAGCAGCACCAGAUGAUGAGGAUGCGGGGGCCCCCAGGACACCCGGGGGGCCCCCCGGGCCCCCAAGGGCCCCUAGGCCCCCCAGGCCCCCCGCCACCCUACAUGCGCCCUCAGCUCACACCACAGCAACAUAUGGAAAUGCAAAGAAGGAUGCAUAUCCAACAGCAGCAGAGAAGAGCCAUGAGGAGCUCAUUUAUGGGAGGUGUUAGGUUCGAGCAGAUUGAGAAUCCGAUAGACAGGGAGGUUUACGAGGUGUUGGAUGAUAUGCUGAUUCAUAUUGUGAUGUCGCUUGAAGGACCGCCCAGGGAGAAUCAGAUGUUGAAGCAGUUGUUGGAUCCGAAUGUGCAGAGAGUUCAAGUUCAGCAGCAGCCGAUGAUUGUCUCGCCGCAGAUGGUGCCACAUCCGAUGAUGCAUCAGAUGCCGCCUCCACAUCCCAUGCAACAUCCGAUUGUUCACCAGCCGCUGGACCUUGAAGGGCCUACCCGGCCCAAAAAGAAGCGGACGGUCCAGAAGAAGCCGGCCACCAAUUUCCCGCCUGGUAGUGAACAUGAGGUUUGGGUGGAGAAAAUGCGAGCGAGGUUUAGACUGUGUCAGGAGAUUCCGAAGAGGGCGAAGGAGCCGCCGCUGAAGAAUCCGGGAGCCGCGUUUGCGACGAUGGGAAUUACGGAGAUUCAUGUGAGGAAUGGUGAGUUUUUUGGGGGAAAUUGAGAAUUUUCAGGGAUUUUGAGAUGAAAUUCGGGAUUUUCUGGGAAUUUCGAACUUUUCGAUAAAAAAUUGAAAUUUUUCAUGAAUUUUAAGCUGAAAUUUAAGAUUUUGUGAUAAUAUUUAGGCUGAAAUUCGAGUUUUACUGAGAAUUUUGAGCUUUUCUGGGUAAAAUUGAUUUUUGAGCCAUUUUUGAACGUUGUCAUGAAUUUUAAGCUGAAAUUCAGGAUUUUCUGAUAAUUUUGAGCUUAAUUUCGAGUUUUCUUGAAAAUUUCGAGCUUUUCAGUGAAAAAUUGAAAAUUUUCAUGAAUUUUAAGCUGAAAUUUAAGAUUUUGUGAUAAUAUUUAGGCAAAAUUCGAAAAAUUUGGAUUUUUUGAGCUGAAAUUCAGGAUUUUCUGAAAAUUUUAGGCUGAAAUUCGAGUUUUACUGAGAAUUUCGAGCUUUUCAGUGAAAAAUUGAAAAUUUUCAUAAAUUUUAGGCUGAAAUUCAGGAUUUUCUGAUGAUUUUGAGCUAGAAUUCGAGUUUUCUUGGAAAUUUCAAGCUUUUCAGUGAAAAAUUGAAUUUUGAGCCAUUUUUCAACGUUUUCAUGAAUUUUAAGCUGAAAUUCGAAAUAUCUGGGAUUUUUGAGCUAAAAAUCAAGUUUUCCUGAAAAUUUCGAAUUUUUCAGCCAAAAUUCUGAAAAUUUUCUUCAAUUCGAAACUGAAAUUCAAGAUUUUCUGAUAAUUUUGACCCAGAAUUCUGAAAAUUUGAUGCUUUUUUUCAACCAGGAAAAAAUACGUUUCAGAAAAUUGUGAAAAAUUCGAAAUUUUUCUCUGAUACUAAUGGGAGGUAGUUAUCUAUGACUGAAAAUUCAGAUUUGCUUCAAUAUUUCAAAAAAUCUUGAAUUUCAGGCUGAAAUUUGGCUCAAAAAUUCUAAAUCUAAUGAAAUAUUAAGAAUUUUUUUUAAUCUUGAAAAAAUUUAAUUGUUUCAAUCAAAAAUUUUUCUCAAAAAAAAUUACUGUUUCAAUUUUUUCUCUGGAAAAAAAAUUCAAAAAAUUUGGUUCAAAAUUAAUUUAAAAAAUUUUUUACUGUUUUAAAAAUUUUAUAAAAUUUACGGAAAAAAAAAUCAGUUUUCAGUUUUUCAAAAAAUAAAAAUUUACUGUUUCAAAUAUUUGCGAAAAUCUGCAGAAAUCUGAAUUUUUUUGAAAAUCUUUAAAUUUGGGAACAAUUUUUUCCUCUGAACAGAUUUUUCAAAUUUGUUAGUCGAAAUUGAAAUCAGAAUUUUUACAGCUGAAAUUCUGUGAAUUCUGAAGGUCAAAAAAAUUACUUUUUCAAUUUUUUCGAAAAAUUUGAUCCAAAAUUAAUUUUAAAAUUUUUUACUGUUUCAAAAAUUUUUUUUUGUUUCAAAAAUUUUUUUUGAGAAAAUUUCGAAAAAAAAUUUUUUUUCUCAGUUUUUGUAUGAAAAAUGUGCGAAAAUCUGCAGAAAUCUCAAAUUUUCCCCCCAAAUCCAAAAAAAAAUCUCCAAAAUUUUUCUAGACCGUCGAUGUUUGAGUGGAACCGGUUUCGGACACAUGAAUCUCGCCUAUAUGGACGAUUAUUACACCGGAGACGAUCGAACAUGUCGCGUUUUGGCGAGUAAAUUAUUGGGAAUGCACGAUAUUUUGCCAACACCGAAUCUCGUCGCCUUAUACAGCCAAACUCAACCUGAAUGUGAAGAAUAUCUGAUGGAUUUGCUCGACAAAAAAUCGCUGAAUUUGCAGCCGUUGGCUAUAAUGAGUGAAUGGUUGAACAUGAAGCGUGGAAAAAUUGAGCAUCUUCGAGCACAAUGCAGAUCCUUUGAUGUUCAGCCGCCGAUUGAGCCGCUCAGAAGAAUGUUCUAUGCGGAUAGUCGAGAAGAGGAUAUUGAUGUGACGAUAACAUUGCGUGCGGAUGCACCGAUUUUGUCAGAAACUGGCACGAAAAUUGGAGAUGGCGGAGUGGCGGAAGUUGUGGACAUGUUGAAGGAAAUGUUGGGAGUGACGGGGAAUGUUGAGGUGAAGAUUGAGGAUACGCCACCAAUGUCGCCAAGUGUUUCGCCGGCGUUGGCAGAGGAGAAGGAGAUGGAGAAGGAGAUUAAAAUGGGUGGGUUUUUCAGGGGGAAAAUUUGGAGCAUUUUGAGCCCAAACAUAUAUAUAUAUAUAUAUAUAUAUUUAUUGAACCACACCGAUACAACAUGCUCGAGUUUGGGCUCAAAAUGCUCAGAAAUCCACGUGGAUUCUGAAAGUUCUUGGGAAAUUGGGAGGUUUUUGGGUGAAAAGUUUGAAAAUAUAAAUGAAAAUCUGAAUUUCAAUAAGAAAUAUAGGUUUUUUGGUUCAAAAAUUGACCAAAAACCAGAAAUUUGAAGAUUUUUGGAAGGAAUCAUGAAAUUUGGAGCAUUUUGAGCCCAAACAUGCUCGAUUUUAGACUCGAAAUCCACGUGGAUUCUGGAAUUUUUUAGAUUCACCUCAAAAUUUGGAGCAUUAUGAGCCCAAACUCGAGCUUUUUUGGGCUCGAAAUGCUUAGAAAUCCACGUGGAUUCUGGAAUUUUCAGAUUCGGCUCAUAAUUUGGAGCAUUUUGAGCCCAAACAUGCUCUAUUUUGGGCUCAAAAUGCUCAGAAAUCCACGUGGAUUCUGAAAGUUCUUGGGAAAUUGGGAGGUUUUUGGGUGAAAAGUUUGAAAAUAUAAAUGAAAAUCUGAAUUUCAAUAAGAAAUAUAGGUUUUUUGGUUCAAAAAUUGACCAAAAACCAGAAAUUUGAAGAUUUUUUGGAAGGAAUCAUGAAAUUUGGAGCAUUUUGAGCCCAAACAUGCUCGAUUUUAGACUCGAAAUCCACGUGGAUUCUGGAAUUUUUUAGAUUCACCUCAAAAUUUGGAGCAUUAUGAGCCCAAGCUCAAUCAUUUUUGGACUCGAAAUGCUCAGAAAUCCACGUGGAUUUUGGAAUUUUCAAAUCCGUCUCAAAAUUUGGAGCAUUUUGAACCCAAGCUCGAUUUUUUUGGGCUCAAAAUGCUCCAAAUUUUUUGAGCACUUAAAUAUAGUUUCAGUGAAAAUUGCCUUAAAUUUGAAAAAUUAUGAUUUUUGCCACGUCAUAGCUUCAAUUUUGGCUAAAAGAAAUUUUCAGUAAAAUUAAAAAUUAGAUUUUUUUUUUCUGAUUUACAAUUUAAUUUUCACAAAUUUUUCCAUUUUUCGGAGCAUUGCUCAUGUUAGGCUGAAAAUUUGGAAUUUUAAAACCUAAAAUUGAAAUUUUGGACGAAUUUUGAACCCGAAUUUCGCUUAAAAAUGUCUUGAAAAAAAUACGUUUCAAAAUUUUUAGAUAUUUUCUGCCAUUGAAAUUUUGAUGUUUUAAUCGUCGCUCAUGUUUGGGAAAUAAAUGCAAAAAAACUGUUUUUUGCAGAAAUCGACGAUGACUGUGAAAACUCGAAUUCUUCACUAGGAACUUCAAGAUUCGACAUCAAAAACAUCAAAAAAGAAAUCGUUGAUCCACAAAUUCCAUCAACAUCUUCACAAUCUUUCGAAUGCAAAAAAUGCGCGAAAAAUAUCAAUGGAAAUGUCUCGUGUGUUCGACAAAAAAUGGGAAAACUUGGAUUGUUGCCAAAUGAAGCGACGGAAGAACAACAAAAUGAAACGGUCGUUUUCUGCUCGAUGAAAUGUUAUUAUGAACUUAUGGCAACUUCAAAAAUGCCACUUUCACAUGAAGAAAUCACGGCCGCUGAAUCGCAUGUCGAUGAAGAGACUUUCAAUCGAUUGAAACAGAUUCAUUCGGAUAAUAUUGUGAAAGCGGUUAGCCAGGGAAAAUCUGGCAAAUUACCGUAUGCGCCGACGGUUUCGAUGGAGGGAUUGAUUUCGCCGAAAGAUACGAGAUAUAUGAUGGAUGAGGGAAAGAGGGAGAAGAUUGUGGUGAGUUUUUUUCGCGGGGAGCGGGAAAAUGGGGAUUUUUUGAAUGUAAAUAUGAUUGGAGCAUUGCUCAUGUUAGAAAAAACUCUGAAAUUCCCUAUUUUCUUUCAUAAAUUCGGGGUUUUUGAUCUGUUUUGAAGCAUUGCUCAUGUUAUGCUUAAAAUUUGGGAUUUUUAUCCUUGAAAUUGAUAAUUUUUGAGCAUUGCUCAUGCUAGGCUGAAAAUUUGAGAUUUUUUACCCGGAAAUUGAUGAUUUUCAGAAGCAUUUCUCAUAUUAGGUCGAAAAUUUGAGAUUUUUGAUAAAUUUUGGAGCAUUGCUCAUAUUAGGCUGAACAUUUUAGAUUUUUUUUUAUAGAUUUUGAAGCAUUGCUCAUAUUAGGCUGAAAAUUUUAGAUUUUUAUCCUUCAAAUUGAUAAUGUUUGAGCAUUGCUCAUGCUAGGCUGAAAAUUUGAGAUUUUUUACCCGGGUUUUUGACGAUGAAAUUGAGAAUUAUAGAAGCAUUGCUCAUAUUAUGCUUAAAAUUUUAAUUAUUGAUGAAUUUUGGAGCAUUGCUCAUGUUAGGCUGAAAAUUCGGAUUUUUUACACUGAAAUUGAAAUUUUUGGGGAGUUUUAAGCAUUACUCAUGUUAGGCUGAAAAUUUUCUGAAUAAAAUUAUUGUUUUUCAAAGUCCCGAAAAUUCACUGUUUCAAAAAUAAGCCAGAUAUUUUCAAAAUGAAAAAAUGUGGCGAAAAAGAGCAGGAAUUCAAUUUUUGAUUGAAUUAAACAUGAAAACCUUUAGAAAUUUCUGAUUUUUGGUUAUUUCAGACCAUUUUUCAUCGAAAAUUCAACAAAAAAGCCUGAAAAGAAGCUUUUUCUCUCAAAAAUCCCAAAUUUUUACAGAUGAUCCACGUGAGCUCACUCGCCAACACAGUCGAGCCCAAAAAUGAGCCACCCCGUGUCGCAUCAGAUGAAUGGAAGAUCUAUUCAACUCAAGAGCAAGAAUCGUUCGCCAAAAUCAUUGCCCAACAUCAAGAAUAUAUUAUGUCAUCAAAAAUGGGAGUUCUAAUCCCGCCACAUGAAUUAGAUCAAAGACAAUGUGUUUUGUGUGGUUCACGUGGCGAUGGUGAAACUUCGAAAUGCGGUAGACUUUUAUCACUCACUGAAUAUUUUUGGGUGCAUGUGAAUUGUGCAUUAUGGAGUACGGAAGUUUUCGAAAAUCAAACUGGUGGAUUAGUUCAUGUUGAUCGAGCUGUUGUAAGAGCAUCAAAGGUUUUAUGUGCAUUUUGUGGAAGACCUGGAGCUAGUAUUAAAUGUCAUAAAAUGGAUUGUCAAUAUAAUUUUCAUGUGUUAUGUGCACAAUCUACAAAUGGUUAUUUUAUCAAAGACAGAACUUUUAUUUGCCGCAAACAUGAAUUGAUUGCGCCAGAAGUUACUGUGCAGAAAUUGGAUGCGUUGCGAAGGAUUUAUAUUCAACGAGAUGAAAAUGAGCUGUUGGCACGAAUGUUUGAGCUGUCGGAUGGGCCCAAAUUGUGCUUGAGAUUGGGAGCUUUCUCGUUUUAUAAUGUUGGACAAUUGAUGCCGGAUCAGAUGAAGAAGUUUCAUAAUGCUGGUUUUAUUUUUCCGGUGAGAAUUUGGGAGGGUUUUUUAUUGAAAUUUAAAUUUGGAAAUUUUGAACUCAAAAAGUUCAGGUUGAAAAAUUGAUCCAGGAGAAUUUAUUUUUCAGAAAUCUUGAGUCAAAUUUUUAAGAAUUCUAAAAAUUGUGAAAAUUUCUUAUGAAAAUUUGGAUUUUUCAGCCUAAAAUUAGUGAAAUUCUGCUCAAAAUCUCGAUUUCGGCGUGAAAAAUUCAAGAAUUUUUCGCAAAAUCUGAAGAAUUUUAUGAAUUCGAAACAUUUUUCAUGAAAUUUUCAAAAUUUGGAAAAAAAAAGAGAAAAUUUUGAUUCCCAGAGUUUUCAAAAUUUUUUGAAAAAAAUUACCCCGAAAACUCUGAAAAUCAGAAAAGUUGUGCUGAAAAUUUGAGGUUUUUGUUGAAAUUUGUGCAAAUACUCAAAAAUUGAGAGAAAUUUAUAGGAGUUUCAAAAGUUCUGAACAUUUCUCAUGAAAUUUGAAGAAUUUUUAGACUAACAUGAGCAAUGCUUAAAAUUGGCCAAAAAUUUCGAUUUCAGCGUGAAAUUCAAAAAGUUCCAGACUAACAUGAGCAAUGCUCUAUAACCCAGUUCUGAAACUAAAUCUUUGUAGAUUUGAAGAUUUCUGAAAUUAUUCGCAAAAGCUGAAAAUUCAAAUGCAAAAAACUUGGGUUUUCAAGUAAUUUUAAGAAUUCGAAAGAUUUUUUCAUGAAAUCUUUUUUCAAAAAAUAAAAAUUUCACGAUUUGAAUGUUUUUAUUGAAAAUUUGGAUUUUUCAAAACGAAAAUUGAGCUAAAAAUUCCAAAAUUCAGAAAAAAAACUUGAAAUUCCCUAUUUUUCUUCAAAAAUUUGGGAUUUUUGAGGAAUUUUGGAGCAUUGCUCAUGUUAGGCUAGGAAUUUCAAGUGUUUUAUUCUGAAAUCGAGAAUUUCUAUCAAUUUUGGAACAUUGCUCAUGUUAGGCUAGGAAUUUCAAGUGUUUUAUUCUGAAAUCGAGAAUUCCUAUCAAUUUUGGAACAUUGCUCAUGUCAGGCUGGAAAUUUUGGGAUUUUCUAUCCUCAAUUUGAUAUUUUUGAUGAAUUUUUGAGCAUUGCUCAUGUUAAGCUUAAAUUUUGAAGAUUUGACUUUGUAGUUAAGAUUUUUGGAGCAUUGCUCAUGUUAGGCUUUCUCAAAAAAUUUUUAUUUGAAAAAAUUUGAAUCUCAAAAACUUUUUACCUGAAAAUUUCACCCUAAAACCCACCUAACUUUCUAAAUUUUCUCUAGGUUGGCUACAAAAUUCGCCGCUGGUUCUGGUCUCCAAAAUCGAACAAAGAACGCGUUCAAUACGAAUGCACAAUCAGCGACAAAAAUGGUCGCCCGUGGUUCACCGUGAAAAUUCUCGAAAACACUGAAGACGGCGAAAUUUCGACGAUUUGCAAUGAAGCUGAAAGUGCCACACAAGCCUGGUCUCCGAUCUUUGAAAAUGUUCGACAAAAUCGCGGAACCGCUGAUAUGCUUCGAUUCUUUUCGUCGCAAAUUCAAGGCGAAACACUUUUCGGAUUGAAUGAGAAUGUGAUUUCGAAAAUUACCGAAAGUCUUCCUGGUGUUGAUUCAUUAUAUACCUACACUUUCCGCCACUCGAAUAGCCCGAUUUUGGAUUUGCCGUUGGCCGAAAAUCCGAUGGGAUGUGCUCGUGCGGAGCCCAGACAAAGACAACAUUUGAAACAUCAUCGGACCAAACCGCAAUCUGGAGGCGGUGGAAAUUCCGCAGCUGCGGAGGCUAGCGGAAGAAUGGGAAGGACCCGAGGAGUUAAGGCGAGCUUUGCGGAUGAACAAGCGGCGGCGCAGAUUAAGGCGCUUGGAUUGUCGGCCGAAUAUGCGGCGGUGGGUUUUUUUAGGAGCAUUUUGAGCUCGAACUUGCUCGGAAAUCCACGUGGAUUUUGGAAUUUUUAGAUUCGGCUCGAAAUUUGGAGCAUUUUGAGCCCAAACAUGCUUGAUAUCGGGCUCAAAAUGCUCAGAAAUCCACGUGGAUUCUGGAAUUUUUAGAUUCGGCUCGAAAUUUGGAGCAUUUUGAGUCUAAACAUGCUCGAGUUUGAGCUCGAACUUGCUCGGAAAUCCACGUGGAUUCUGGAAUUUUUAGAUUCGGCUCGAAAUUUGGAGCAUUUUGAGCCCAAACAUGCUUGAAUUCGGGCUCAAAAUGCUCAGAAAUCCACGUGGAUUCUGGCUCAAAAUUUGGAGCAUUUUGAGUCUAAAAAUGUUUGGGCUCAAAAUGCUCCAAAUUUUCGAUUUUGAAAAAAAAUUUGUAUUAAAAAAAAUGUGAAACUUUGAAAGUUUCAUGGAGAAAAAUUCUUGAAAAAAUACGUUUCAAAAUUUUUUGGUCCUGAAACCAUAAAAAUGUAUUUUUAAUGGAAAAUUCACUCUUUCAAAAUUUUUAUUUGAAAAAAAAUUUCAAGGAUUUUUGAAACAGUAGAAAUUUUCUUUGAAAAAAUAUUUUUUUUUUGAAUUUUUCAAGAAAAAAAUCAUUAAAAUGCACUGUUUCAAAAUUUGUAUUCAAAAAAUGUGAAAUUUUUUACUUUGAAAAUUUCAUAGAAUUUUUACAAACCUAAAUUUGAUGAGAAAAAAUUUCUUGAAAAAAAUCUUGAAUAUAUUUAGAGGUAUUGCUCAUGUUAUUCUGAAAAUUCAAAAAUUUUUCAAUUUUUUUUUGCAGAUGUACCUCAAAGGAAUGGAACCAAUCCAAGGCAACCAGCAAAUCUUCUCAGCCUACCAAAAAAUGCGACGAGAAUGGAAGAACACCGUGUUCCUGGCACGCUCCAAAAUCCAAGGCCUUGGCCUCUACGCGAAACACGACAUUUCAAUGGGCGAUUUCAUCAUCGAAUACAAAGGCGAAGUGAUUCGAUCGGAGUUGGGCGAAGUUCGCGAAAAACGCUACAAUUCGCAGAAUCGCGGUGUUUAUAUGUUCAGAAUUGAUGAGGAAUGGAUUAUUGAUGCGACGAUGGCGGGUGGACCGGCUAGGUGUGUUUUUGGGGAAGGUUUUGGGGUUUUAGGGCCGAAAAUCGCAAAAUUUGAAGCCUAACAUGAGCAAUGCUCAAAUUUUGCUGAAAAUUUCAAUUUCGGGGAUGAAAAUCUCGAAUUUCUGAGUCUAACCUGAGCAAUGCUCGAAAAUUUGAUCAAAUUUCAAUUUCGGGAAUGAAAAUCUCGAAUUUUUAAGUCUAAGGUGAGCAAUGCUCAAAAAAUUGAUCAAAUUUCAAUUUCGGGGAUGAAAAUCUCGAAUUUUUGAGUCUAAGAUGAGCAAUCCUUAUUUUGCUAAAAAUUUCAAUUUCAGACUUGAAAACGCUAAAUUUUUAAGUCUAACAUGAGCAAUCCUCGAAUUUUGCUAAAAAUUUCAUUUCAAGGUUCUAAAAAUUCCGAAUUUUUAAUGUUUUGGUGAAAAUUGACCUUUUGAAAAAAAAAUACUAGAAUUUGUGAAAAUUUGAGCAAAAAUGAUUUAAAUUCGGAAAACUCGAGAAAUUUUGAAUUUUUGAUUAAAAAAUGACCUGAAAAAUUUGUUUUGAAGAAUUGAGGUUUUUUCGAGCAUUGCUCAUGUUAGGCUGAAAAUUUGGGUUUUUUCGAUCCUGAAAUUGGAAUUUUUGGAUAAUUUUGAGCAUUGCUCAUGUUAGGCUGAGAACUCGAAGCUUUUCAUUCUGAAAUUUAGAUUUUUGACAAUUUUUUCUGCAUUACUCAUGUUAUAAAAUCACAUUUCUUGCAGAUAUAUCAAUCAUUCAUGCGAUCCAAAUUGUUCAACUCGAAUUGUUGAUUCUGGAAAUGGACCAUCGGAAAAGAAGAUCAUCAUAACUGCAAAUCGACCAAUUAUGGCGGAGGAAGAGGUUAUUUUUGAAUUUUUUAAUGAAUUUUGGGAAAAUUUUGAAAUUCUCCUGAAAAAUUGGCAUUUUUUGAACCUAAAUUUGAUGGAAAAAAUUGUUGAAAAAAAUACGUUUCAAAAUUUUUUGAAAAUUUGGAAAAUUUUGAAAUUCUCCUGAAAAAUUGGCAUUUUUUGAACCUAAAUUUGAUACGUUUCAAAGUUUUUUAAAAAUUUGGAAAAUUUUGAAAUUCUCCUGAAAAAUUGGCAUUUUUUGAACCUAAAUUUGACGGGAAAAAUUUCUUGAAAAAAAUACGUUUCAAAAAUUUUUGAAAAUUCGGAAAAUUUUGGUAUUAAUUUUUUAUUUUGGAGCAUUGCUCAUGUUAAACUUUUUCCAGCUCACCUACGAUUAUCAAUUCGAACUCGAAGAUUCGACAGACAAAAUCCCGUGUUUGUGCGGUGCUCCAAAUUGUGUAAAAUGGAUGAAUUAA